AUGGCCUUCGCAGCAAAAGCCAAGAAAUUCGGUCGCUCGUUGCUCCCUGGAUCAUCCUCCAAACAUCCCCCCAUAGAACCUGAUAGCGUUGAACCCACAUCAAACGCCCUCAAAUGUAUCACCUCGUUCAAAGACCACCUAUUGUAUGCCGCCCAUACACCCGACGAUUUUCCUCCCCCGGUCAGCGCUGCCAUCUCUAAGAGUUUCUCCACUCAGAUUCCCCACUUCCCCACACACUCCGGGAACCCUUGCUCCCUUCUUACCCAAGUAUUGGAGCCCGCACUACAUCAAUGGGCUCUCGAAGUCGAUACUAGCGAGAACGCGACGAAAGCACUGCAGGAUCGAAUGAACGAAUUACGCAAACCCCCUGCCAAGCCGGGACGCCUCUUGUUCCAGGGUUUCGAUCUUCAAGAGUUCUAUUCAGAGACAUACUUUCCCUUCCUCUCCAAAGUCUUGGAGGAAGCCCCAAAUGGUGCUGGACGUCGUCAGCCAUAUUGGGUCAAUACGGAAAGUGUCACCAUAAAGGAUGUGCCGCAGAAGACUGUCCUUGGUUCCUCCAAGCCGUUUGUGCGCAACGCUACCGGUUCUGGAUCAUUGAAGCAGGAAGACCCACAGACUGUGCUUAAAUCGACUGUCGGAUUGUAUUAUCGUGAGGUAGAAAGAAGAAGAAGAUGGGCAUUUGCUAUAUUCGACAUCCAAACGUGCAUACAGAUACCAACUCGCGUGUUCGAUGCUAUCGAGGAGGUGUUUGCGAAGGAGGCGGUGUGGACAGGGGAGACUGGGACAGUCGAGUUUAAUGAUAAGAAGUUCAAAUCCUCGCGAGACCCAUAUAUCAUGAAGAAUAUGGCACUGGUUCUCAAUCGGUGUUCUACGCCGACAACGAGAAGCUUCGCAUCGCAGUCCGCUUGCGACGCGGUGAAAGCGAUAGACAACAGCUCGACUGCUGUUCUAUCUUUCCCCGAGAUAGAAUUUCCGACUUCUCCCAACGACAUAUACGAACGAAUAUGGGACUAUGUGGAGACCUCUGGCAGUCUGCUGCAGACUUACUCAUGCUUCCCUCGUCAAUUCACACUCUCCAACCAAUUUGUGGACGUCAUCUUGGCAGCGAAUUUGCAGAAAUGGAGCUCUCACAUCGAUUCGCGCCGGAAGAGAUUUGAGGAUUUCACCAACAUCUUCAGCCUCGCGGUUAGUGGUGCUGACUACAAAAGGCAAUACAUGUAUGAUCGUCGAUUGAUGACCAACCUUGGCAAAGGGCAAGAAAAGGUCAAAGUCGACCGUACCUGGCAACGAGAAAGGGACUACUUUGGUGACGCGACAUUUGACCGUAGCGUGUUGUAUGCUCGUAUACCUCCCAGUCCGCAAGACAUUCCACUUGCCUUGUGGGAAUACGGUCCGGAUUUCUACUCGCCUAUCGCUCUUCUCUCAGCAGUCACCGGCGCAGUCCGUAAAGAUACGGUGGUGAUAGACGACGAUGGUCGAGCGCAUGUUACCGAUCAGGAACAUCGGGACCGGCUGGGUCUGGACAUGGUGGACGGGAUCCAACGGUUGCUUACCCAUGUUCGGCUCUGCGUCUUCACUACGCAUCAGAACACAAUCGUCCUAUAUAUCAACGACGGUCGUGUGGAGGUGAGCGACGUCCUGCGCCGCGGUGAGGGGACAUCAGAAUACCCAUGUCGAUCCUUGUUCGCUCUAGCCCUCGCCAUCACAGUGACCGAUGAUGAAACUCUGCGUCUUCCCGCUUCUACCGGCCUAUGGACUUGUCGGACUUGCAACGUCUCUCGUCAAGGCAAACAGGACCAAGAACGACGUUGGUGGAAUGGACCAUAUGCUACAUAUGAAGGCAGGGAAGAUCCGGAAUUCGACCUCUCGUUUAGCUACACAACACCAUCAGCCGGGUUGAAGCAUUUUGGAGUAGAAGCGAGAAAUGAAGGUACUCGCUUAAGAGACAAAGCAACUCUCGACGAGCGUAUCAAGCAAGGUGAUGUCUCUCAUUCACUCAUCAAAAUUCGUAAAUGGCCCGAUCUUCUUCAUGGACCCAUCGACAUCCAUUGUCUCGAAGGGAACGGCCUCCCUGAACUCAUCGAGAUGGACCACUCAUUCCCACGAUCAGGCGUCAAAGGUAGCGACCCGAAGAAAGGCGAUACGAGGAUGGAGCGAAACUUGGCCGAACACAUCUUUCGUCCCCAAGCUUUGAUAUUGGGUGAAGUAAUGUCCAACGGCGCAUUAUGGGACGUGUUUCGAAUCCUGGUCCCCAGUCAUCUGAACCUGCCCCAAUCUCCCUUUCCUCUCAUUGGCAAAGUUCUCACCAUCUCUUGCUUCCCGGAGGUUCUCAUACCUUCCGACACAAGCGAUCCAACGUCUCGUGCCGAACUUUCACGAGCUGGAGCCCGUGAACAUAUACGUAAUGAAUACGAGACCCUUUCUCGAUUGUCUAAAAUACACCCUCCAGUUAUUCCUCAGAUUAUCGGGUUGUGGGGAGGUAUCCAGCGAGGAAGGGAAGUCUGGGUGAUGGUCAUGGAAGAUGCAGGGGAGCGAUUGGAUGAGGUCUACCAGGAUGGUAUUCAAUUCAACACACAUAAGGUGCACGAAGUGGACAGGUCCGAGAUCCUCGAGCUUUAUGCUCGCCUACACCGAAACGGAAUCCUUCACGGCGACGUUCAAAUACGACAUUGGCGUCGUCGAAUGGGGGAUCCAGCUGGUUCGGCCAUCAGACUAAUCGAUUUUGAUAGAGCUAUCCUCCGUUCUUCCAUCUCUGAAGAUCUCUGGACCAAAUACAAGAGACGAGAAGAGACCACCAUUAAAAAACUCCUUUCCGACUACGACUACUUUUCCUCUUUUCCGCCUCUUCCUCCAUCUGUGGAGAACUCGGAAAUCGAUGACAAAGGGGGAAUGUUGAAAGCGGUGUUUCCACUUGGAUACGUGAGAGGAAAGGAGCCGCGACACUUCAACUUACCGGCUUUCGACCCCCUUGGUUACGGGAGUUACGAACCGGAGUGA